UGAGAAGAAACAGUUUGUCUUGAUAAGUAGCCGCGCGCGUGUUUGCAAUACGCGAUCGUCUCUAUGAUCGCCGUUGCACUUCCAAGAGUGUUUCUUAGUGACUUCUGUGUUUAAAGCUAACAAUUCGGGAGUUGUGGCUUAUUUAAAAAUUUAGUUUUCAAAUGUGCUAGUGUACAAAAGUUCCGCAGAACAAUAUCGAGAAGUUGGGUGAAUUAGUGCAUACCAAAAAUGAAGUUUUUAACUCAGUUUUUGUGCCUAUUUUUGCUUUAUGAUUCUGCAAUAUCACAACGUGGUGGACGCCAAGCUUUCCUUGGAAGUCGUUGUGGCACUCCAGAUGGGUACGUUGGCGCGUGCGUCAUCCUUCCAAAUUGUCCAUCCCUCCUUCAACUGUAUGCCAACAACGGUGGUUCACGCGAAGUUGUCGUAUAUUUGAAACAAUCACAAAGAAGCUGUGGUAACAGAGUUAUCAGACGUGAGCCAGUGAUAUGCUGCUCUCAGCCAGUAAACAAUAACCAACAAUCGGUCAGGCCUAAUGAUCCAUCGUUUACAGUCAAUCCCAGCAAUCCCUUUCUUAAUGGACAAACAGGUCCGCAGCCUCCACCUCCUCCAACACCACAAACUGAAGCACCUACAACCACGACAUUUACUCCACCACCACCACCACCAACCCCCCCUCCAACUCAAGCACUAGAGCAACGAAUCGGUGAAUGUACUGGUCCAGAUGCCAGAACAGGGACAUGUAGAAGUUUAAUUGAUUGCCCCGAACUUUUAAGUCGCCUCCAAGCGAACCCUGAAGACGCAUCUUUCGCGAACUUCCUCCGACUCUCUAAUCAACUGUGCAAUGCAGCGGCACCAAUUAUCUGUUGUCCCAGCGCAACUAGGACUCCAGGAAACGAACCAAUUAUUCCACAGAUAGCCCCAACUAUUAAACCCCUGGUAACCGUGGAAGCCAGACUUCUUUCACCUGACGAAGGAUGCGGUCAAUCUAGUGUAGCACAUAGGAAAAUCGUUGGAGGAACCCCUUCGCAAAAAGGAUCCUGGCCAUGGCUUGCAUUGCUCGGGUAUGAAGGCGUGGAUGGAAUAACAUUCCGAUGUGGUGGCUCCUUAGUGACGAAGAGGCAUGUUGUGACGGCCGCUCAUUGCAUUAGAAGUGAUUUGAGGGUAGUUCGAUUAGGUGAACACGAUUUAGAUAUCGAUACUGAGACCCGUCAUGUUGAUGUGAAUAUUGUUCGAAUGACCAGACAUCCUCAAUAUAACUCCAGAAAUGGCCAUAGUGACAUCGCAGUUUUAUAUUUGGCUAACGAUGUCCAAUUCACAGAUACAAUUGGACCCGUUUGUGUUCCAGAUAAAAUCUCGUUUGAAAGUCGCUCACUAAUUGGUUAUACACCAUUCGUAGCUGGUUGGGGCAGAACAAAAGAAGGUGGAGAAUCCGCAAACCUCUUGCAAGAAGUUCAACUACCAAUAUUAGCCAACAACCAAUGUAAAGAACGAUACCGUGCUCAAAAUCGAUUAAUCUCAGAGGAUCAGUUUGAUGAAGCAACUAUAUGUGCUGGUGUGCUAUCAGGCGGAAAGGAUACAUGUCAAGGAGAUUCAGGUGGACCGUUGAUGCUGCCUGAGAAAUCUUCUAGAAACACCUUUUACUACAACUUAAUAGGGAUUGUGUCCUACGGUAUUGGAUGCGCUCGUGCUGGAAUUCCCGGAGUUUACGCCAGUGUCCCACAUUUUUCAGAUUGGAUAAAAGAGAAAAUCGCGGAACCUAUUUAAGUUAACAUAAUUCAGAUUAUGCCCAAGAUAGUUUUAGGUUAUAUUUAAGUAUUUUGUAUAAAAAAUAUUCAGAGUUUUUUAUGUGGAAAUAAUAAAAAAAAAUAACUUUAUGAAAUGAAA